UUCAUCAAAUUUACAUCCAAACACUUAUUUAACACAUUUAUUUUCCAUUGUCGUUUUGUCUAUAUCGACAAGUCGAAUGCUUCACUGAUGAGCCCUACUUCAACUGUUCCAAGGUGAGGGAUGCACGAGAGUUAAAACUAACACCAAUAGGGAAGAAAUAGCUACACGAAGAAGAUUUAAGCAAUAAAGAGGGAGCUUCAAAUAUGGUGGAUUCAUCAGUUAGUAGCCCAAGGCGCAUGCUUUCUUUAUCUAGGGAGAGAGCAUUUGUCUCAAUUUUGGAUGAUGACAAAGAUGGGAAAGCUGUCUUAUCAAGCAAACAAGGUGCAAAUACUUCAGAGGUGUAUGGAUUUGUAGGUUCCAUCUCAACGAUUGUGGUAAUAGGUUUAUUUUUUUUAUGGGCAUAUUUGCCCGAACCUUGGCUUCACUACUUGGGCAUCACUUACUAUCCCAGCAGAUAUUGGGCUUUGGCACUACCAACCUAUGCUUUGGUGACAAUCAUUUUUAUUAUGUCAUUUUACUUGAGCCUAAAUUGCAUGGCUACAGUUCCUGCGACCUCAUGGAGUUCUCUCUUUGAUGAAUACACAAGAGAAGCUUCAAGAUCUCUAUCUGGACAUGCAUCGACCAAUGAAGAAGAUCCUAUUGAUCCCAUUUCGGAUAUCCGAAUUACAGAAAUAAAUGCUAGGGUGUUUGGAAUACAGAAAUGAAGAGUCAAAAGUGCGGUGCUAGGAUUCUUGUACAAUUGGUAUAGAAUGAAAAUAACCAAAUUACUAUGUUGUACUGGCUGACCAAAUUGAACAGUUGCAGUUAACAUUCACAGGCAUUCCUAUGUGUUUAAGAUCUGUAAUUCUCUUGAUUUUCAGUAUUUAAGAUUAGCAAGCGGUUUAUCUUAAUUUUAGUAACAGACUAGAAAGUUGUUGACAAUAUGGUGCUAAGUUCCAUCCUUAUUGGUGGCUGCAGUGUAUUUUGAAAUUGAACAUGAACUGAGAUGUUACAAUCAGGUUAGAAAAGUAAACAAACUUGCACAUUUUGCUUCA